UUCGUGGUCGCAUCAUGCCGGGAAUAGUAUUGUAUGGAAUGGACAUAAGUCCGCCAGUUCGAGCCUGCAAACUGACUUUGCGAGCCUUGAAUUUAGACUAUGAAUACAAGGAAUUGAAUCUUUUGGCGGGAGAACAGUUCAGCGAUGAGUUCCUUGAGAAGAACCCCCAACACACGGUGCCGCUCCUCGAUGAUAAUGGAGCCCUCAUCUGGGACUCACAUGCCAUUGUGUGCUACUUGGUGGACAAGUACGCCAAGUCGGAUGAGCUCUAUCCCAGGGAUCUGGUUAAGCGGGCUCAGGUUGAUCAACGCUUGUUCUUUGAUGCGAGUAUUCUCUUCAUGUCGCUGCGUAAUGUCAGUAUACCCUAUUUUAUUAGCCAAGUAAACCUGGUUCCCAAGGAGAAGGUGGAUAACAUUAAAGAUGCCUACGGCCAUCUGGAGACAUUUCUCGGAGGUAAUCCCUAUCUGACUGGGUCCACUCUAACCCUGGCUGAUUUCUGCUGUGGAGCUACUGCCUCCUCGCUGGCCGCUGUUCUCGAACUGGAUCACGAAAAAUAUCCCAAGGUGGCGGAUUGGCUUGAUCGCCUAUCCAGAUUGCCUCAUUACGAGGAGGACAAUCUUCGGGGCUUGGAAGAAUACAUAGCUUUGCUCCAACCCUGUUUAACAUUAGAGCAAUAGUAUUUAUCGAAUUUUGAAUAAAUAACAAAGUUAA